UACAACCAAAAAGAAAGAAAAAGGAACUUUAAUUUGGAGUGUAGGAAGUCCACCAUUCAUGUGAAGGAAUUUAACACACUUCAAUCUCUUUGUAGCCGGCCAUAAGUUCAAUUUACACCAGAUCUUCUUAACCUUAUUUCUCAUUUAUCACUUUUCUUCCUUCCAAAUUACUUCAAUUUUUCCAAUUUGACUAACCAUUAAUAUUCCAAUAUUCACCGACAGUUAUCCAAUAUCUUCAUUGAAUUUGUGAAGAUUAAUCGAUCUGAUUUUAUUAAAUCUCAUUAAGGACUGAAUCCUUUUAUAUUCCCAGGUGCAAUCUUGAUCUUUUCGACCCAAAUGGUCUGUUUACAUACCUCAAUUCCUCCAAAAUUCAAGAAUUCAGCUGGCCCCUUUCUGAACAAGAACAUGCCAUCCAGUGAUUGUGAACAGUCUCAUUCUGCUGUCAUUGAUGUAGUGAUCUUGAUUGCCGUGGUUACUGCAUCUGGGGUUUUGUUUUAUCCUUAUGUAAAUCUUGUGGUGCAUCAACUGUUUGUAUUUUUCGGAGAAGUGGCUUAUGUGUUGAAAGAUGAGGUUUUGCGGGCUCCAAUGGUGUUUAUUUGUCUAGGACUUAGUGUUUUGUUUGCUGUAAUAGCUCUUUUGGCAGUUACAGUGUGUACAACAGGCAAAGGAUGUGGGAGACAAGGUUGUCGUAAGCUUAAGAAAGCUGCUGAAUUUGAUAUACAGUUAGAGACAGAAGAUUGUGUUAAGAAGUCAAAUUCUAGUCCAAAAAAUGGUGUGGUUAAAAAGGGGAUAUUCAAGUUACCAAGAGAUUACCAUCAAGAAUUGGAAGGUGAACUUAAAAGAAUGGCUCCACCUAAUGGAAGAGCAAUUCUUGUAUAUCGAGGCAGGUGCGGUUGCGCUAUAGGUACAAUGGAAGUUCCUGGACCUAGGAAAUCUGGAAAAAUUAAGAAAUAAUUGUUAGAAUUAUGUUUUGGAUAGUACAAUAAUCAGAUUAGUCCAUUUGUGGUUAAUCUUCUCUGGGAAGUACUAGACUUUUUUAUAACCUUAGAUUUAUGUAUGAGUAUAAAUGAUUACAAAGAAUAGGUGCCGUUAUUGUAAUGUAGCAGGGGAAUCUGCCGUUUUGGCUACCAUAAAAGUUAUUCCAUCACUCC